GAAGCGGAAUCUUUUAUAGAUGCUAAGAAGCUAAAGGCGAAAAGUUCGUCAGUUCCCCGUGCCCGUCUAUCGGACUUGGGCGGUGUCGAUGCCUGCAUUGAAGAGGUUCUUGAAUUGAUUGUAAUGCCCUUGGCCCAUCCAGAGAUUUAUUUGCACACGGGAGUACAACCGCCCAGAGGUAUUUUAUUGCAUGGUCCGUCCGGAUGUGGAAAGACAUUACUUGCUCAUGCUAUCGCAGGGGAGUUGGGUGUUCCUUUUGUAAAUAUCUCAGCCCCGUCUAUAGUGUCGGGGAUGUCAGGAGAAUCAGAAAAGAAAGUCAGAGAAGUAUUUGACGAGGCAAAGGUAACAGCUCGGCGACGCUUUAGUGGGAAAGUCUCAACGAAAACAAUGUUAACUUUACUUACUUGCAUGGACGAUUUAUCAUGGGACAAAACAGAUAACAAGCCUGUCUUAAUAAUCGGAGCAACGAAUCGUCCCGACUCUUUGGACCCUGCACUGCGCCGAGCUGGAAGAUUUGACAGGGAGAUAAGCAUGGGUGUGCCCGAUGAAGAAGCGAGAGAAAAAAUUUUGAGAGUCAUUGCAUCAAAACUAAGGCUUUCUGGUGACUUUGAUUUCAAGUCACUAGCAAGAAUGACGCCUGGUUAUGUCGGUGCUGAUUUAAAUGCACUAACUGCUGCUGCUGGCGUUAUUGCUGUCAAGCGAAUAUUUAAACAACUCGGCAAUGAUAUUACAUCUGCACAAAAGACAAAUGAUGAUACGGACGCGAUGAUAACAGAUGAGGGAGAUAUACCGACAUUACAACAACCGUCAACUCCAACCACUACUAUGUUAACAUUGCAUGCAGAACCUUCAGCACAAUCGAUCCCGUCAAUAUCUCUCGAAUUCGGCAAUCACUCUCCUACGGAACAACUUCGUUCUAUAUCCGCCUUUCUUCAAAGCCAUCCGGAACCUCUCACACCUGCAGAACUCGAACCGCUCUCUAUCACAAGUGACGAUUUUAUACAAGCUCUUUCCAAGGUUCAACCUUCAUCUAAACGUGAAGGCUUUGCAACCGUCCCUGACGUCUCAUGGAGUGAUAUUGGUGCCCUAAAGUUUGUUCGAGAGGAACUCCGAAUGGCCAUUGUCGAACCGAUUAAGCAUCCAGAGUUCUUCCAAAGAGUAGGAAUAACUGCACCAUCGGGUGUUUUGCUUUGGGGUCCACCAGGAUGUGGGAAGACAUUAUUGGCAAAGGCUGUUGCCAAUGAAAGUCAUACGAGUUUCAUUUCUGUCAAGGGUCCAGAGCUAUUAAAUAAGUAUGUAGGUGAAAGUGAGCGUGGAGUUCGACAAGUCUUUGCACGUGCACGAGCGUCUUCUCCGUGUGUAAUAUUCUUUGACGAACUAGAUGCAUUAUGUCCGCGCCGUGAUGACUCUAAGUCAGAGUCUUCUGCACGUGUCGUAAAUACACUACUCACCGAACUCGAUGGAUUAGAAAAUCGAAAACAAGUUUAUGUCAUAGCAGCAACUAAUAGACCGGAUAUCAUUGAUCCGGCAAUGAUGCGCCCAGGACGACUUGACAAAUUAUUAUACGUCGAACUACCGACUGCUCCCGAACGCCAAGAAAUCUUACGAACGCUGACAGCAAAAACUCCACUCGCUGCCGAUGUAGACUUCAAAAAGAUUGCAGAAGAUCAACGUAGUGAAGGCUUCAGUGGCGCUGAUUUAGCGUCCCUCGUUCGCGAAGCUGCGGUCGUUGCAUUGCGGGGGACGUUCUACGCAAACGAUUCUAUGACUUUGACAUCUCCCAAUGAAAUUUUUGUUACCGCAGAAAACUUCGAAGCUGCCUUUGCAAAGGUCGCUCCGAGUGUUUCCAAGCAAGACAAGAAAAAAUAUGACAUUUUAAGAGUUAAAUUUGGAUGUGCUACAGAAAACAAAGUUGCUGGAAGAGAUAGUCCCACAUAG